CAAUGAGUCCAGAAUCCCCUAACGCUCCAGUGGGGAGAUCUAAAGACAGCAGUUGGGAGAAGGAGCCCAUCAAAUCUCAAAGACCUGGAACAGUUGGCAGAAGAAGAGUUGUCUAAAGUAUAGAGGUGUAAGAAACUUAUUGCUGGUUACAGGAGGAACAAGAUUUAUUUUCUAGCAUCAGUGUCAUCUGACCGAAGACGAAACCAACAAUGUCCAGCAUCAUGAAAGUGUUUCUGCUCCUGGCCUCCAUGGUCUACAUCUCUAAAGCCCUACUCGGCGAAUCAGGACAGCAGUGUCUGUGUCAACGUGUCAGGAAUCAAAUUGCUUCAAAGUCUGAAGUAAAGGACAUCCAGAUCUACCCAGCAACCGUCUUCUGUGACACAGUGGAGAUUGUGGUCACCCUCAACAGCGGCCUUCGCUAUUGCCUGAACCCCAAGUUGAACGCAGUGAAAAGACUCCUGGCUAACGUCAUAAAACAGAAGACCCCUACUACCUCUACUACAGCCAGACCUACUGAGCUCUCUUCUACCGCACGCAGCACCAGCACAGCUCGCAUCUGACUCUCUUUACGUCCUUGGAUCAAUAAGAAGCUCACAUGACCUCGGACCCCCAACAAAGGCACCUUUAGAAAAAUGUGAAAUGAAUUAAACUUUUUGUCCAUUUAUCUUUUAUUUAUACUGAUGUGCACUUACAAUAUAUUUCCAUUUAAUUUAA